GUGAAGCAAAUCAUGGAGGAGGCUGUCACCAGGAAGUUUGUUCAUGAAGAUAGCAGUCACAUCAUUGCUCUGUGUGGUGCUGUGGAGGCUUGUCUCCUGCAUCAGCUAAGACGCCGUGCCGCUGGCUUCCUGCGCAGUGACAAGAUGGCAGCCCUGUUCACCAAAGUGGGGAAGACAUGCCCCGUGGCUGGAGAGGUUUGCCACAAAGUGCAGGAGCUGCAGCAACAAGCAGAGGGCAGGAAACCCUCAGGAAGCAGCCAAGAAGCCCUUCGGAAACAGGGCUCAACCAGCGGGAAGGCCCCAGCUCUCAGCCCACAGGCCUUGAAACACAUAUGGGUACGCACAGCACUCAUGGAGAAAGUUCUGGACAGGGUUGUACAGUACCUGGCCGAAAACUGCAGCAAGUACUAUGAGAAGGAAGCAUUAUUGGCAGACCCUGUGUUUGGCCCAGUCCUGGCCUGUCUCCUAGUGGGACCCUGUGCCUUGGAAUACACGAAGCUCAAGACAGCUGACCACUACUGGACUGACCCCUCUGCUGAUGAGCUGGUCCAGCGGCAUCGUAUCCGGGGUCCCCCUAAUCGACAGGACUCCCCAGCAAAGCGCCCUGCCCUGGGGAUCCGGAAGCGCCACUCUAGUGGCAGUGCCUCAGAAGACCGACUAGCUGCCUGUGCCCGUGAGUACGUGGAGUCCCUGCACCAGAAUUCGAGAACUCGGCUGCUCUAUGGCAAGAACAACGUACUGGUACAGCCGAAGGAGGACAUGGAGGCAGUCCCUGGCUAUCUCUCCCUGCACCAAUCUGCAGAGAACCUGACUCUGAAGUGGACUCCCAACCAACUCAUGAAUGGGACUCUCGGGGACUCUGAGCUAGAAAAGAGUGUUUACUGGGACUAUGCCCUGGUGGUACCCUUCAGUCAGAUCGUCUGCAUCCACUGUCACCAGCAAAAGAGCGGUGGCACGCUUGUGCUGGUGAGCCAGGAUGGCAUCCAGAGGCCGCCACUGCACUUCCCACAGGGAGGACACCUGCUGUCCUUUCUGUCAUGUCUGGAGAAUGGGCUGCUGCCUCGUGGACAGCUUGAGCCCCCGCUGUGGACCCAGCAGGGAAAGGGCAAGGUUUUCCCCAAGCUACGGAAACGCAGCAGCAUACGGUCAGUCGACGUGGAGGAAUUGGGUGUAGGACGGGCCACAGAUUACGUGUUCCGGAUCAUCUACCCCGGGCACAGGCACGAGCACAUCACUAUUAACUACCACCACCUAGCGGCCAGCCGUGCGGCCUCGGUGGACGAUGAUGAGGAAGAGGAGGAUAAACUACACGCGAUGCUCUCAAUGAUCUGCUCGCGGAACCUCACAGCUCCCAAUCUGAUGAAAGAUGCUGGUGACAUGAUUGAGAUGCAGGGUUUUGGACCCAACCUGACAGCCUGGCACCUAGAGCCCCUGUGUAGCCAGGGCUCCUCCUGCCUUUCCUGCUCCUCCAGUAGCUCCCCAUAUGCAACCCCCAGUCACUGCAGCUGUAUUCCUGACAGGUUGCCCCUCAGGCUGCUGUGUGAGAGCAUGAAGAGGCAGAUUGUGUCCCGGGCCUUCUAUGGCUGGCUGGCAUACUGUCGCCACCUGUCCACAGUGAGGACCCACCUGUCAGCACUGGUGCAUCACAACAUUAUUCCACCAGACAGGCCCCCAGGGGCCUCAGGGGGCCUUACCAAGGAUGUGUGGAGCAAGUAUCAAAAGGACAAAAAGAACUACAAGGAGCUGGAGCUGCUGCGGCAGGGGUACUGUGGCGGGGGGGAACAUGAGAUUCGCAAGGAUGUCUGGCCCUUCCUGCUUGGCCACUACAAGUUUGGCAUGAGCAAGAAGGAGAUGGAGCAGGUGGAUACAGCGGUGGCAGUGAGGUACCAGCAGGUGCUGGCAGAGUGGAAGGCCUGUGAGGUGGUAGUGAGGCAGCGGGAGGCGCAUCCAGCCACGCUCACUAAGUUCUCCUCGGGCAGCAGCAUCGACAGCCACGUGCAGCGCCUGGUACACCGAGAUUCCACCAUCAGCAAUGAUGUGUUUAUCUCUGUGGAUGACCUAGAGCCCCCAGGGCCUCAGGACCCUGAAGAUUCCAGACCAAAGCAGGAGCAGGAACCAGCAACUGGGACUCCAGGCAUGGCAGAGCAGCAGUCAGUGGAGUUUGACUCCCCAGACUCGGGGCUGCCUUCCUCCCGCAACUACUCCGUGGCCUCAGGCAUCCAGUCCAGCCUAGAUGAGGCACAGAGUGUGGGCUUUGAAGAGGAUGGUGGUGGGGAAGAAGGCUCCUCCGAAGGACCCACCACUGCAGCCCACACUGUCUCUGAGCCCCAUGAACCAGGCCAGAAGCUUGCACCUGCCAGUGAGCUUGAAGCAGGGGAGGAGCUCGCAGCUGUGUGUGCUGCAGCCUAUACUAUAGAAUUACUGGACACCGUGGCCUUAAAUCUGCACCGCAUAGACAAGGAUGUGCAGAGAUGUGACCGAAACUACUGGUACUUCACAACCCCCAACCUCGAGAGGCUCAGAGACAUCAUGUGCAGCUAUGUGUGGGAGCACCUGGAAGUGGGCUACGUGCAGGGCAUGUGUGACCUCCUGGCACCUCUCCUGGUCAUCCUGGAUGACGACCAGCUGGCCUACAGCUGCUUUAGCCACCUCAUGAAGAGGAUGAGUCAAAACUUCCCCAAUGGGGGUGCCAUGGACACCCACUUUGCCAACAUGCGUUCCCUCAUCCAGAUCUUGGACUCGGAGCUGUUCGAGCUCAUGCAUCAAAAUGGAGACUAUACCCACUUCUACUUCUGCUACCGCUGGUUCCUGCUGGAUUUUAAAAGAGAGCUGCUGUAUGAGGACGUGUUUGCAGUGUGGGAGGUCAUCUGGGCUGCCAGGCACAUCUCAUCAGAGCACUUUGUCCUGUUCAUCGCCCUGGCCCUGGUGGAGGCCUACAGAGAGAUUAUACGUGACAACAACAUGGACUUCACUGACAUCAUUAAGUUCUUCAAUGAGCGGGCCGAACGUCAUGAUGCCCAGGAGAUCCUGCGAAUUGCCCGGGACCUCUUCCUCACUGUGCAGAUGCUCAUAGACACCAAGUGAGAGCCGCAGCCAGAGGCUGCGAAGUGGAGAGCCCAGGUACCAGGCCCCUGAGCUCCAGCAGGGAGAGGCGGAGGUCAGCACAGCCCAGGCUGCCUCACCCCACAUCCCCUACCCUCACCCCUGCCCACCCUGCCCACCUAGCUGUAUAACCUAACAAAGUGACUGAGAGCCUGGGAUGUGAGUAUGGGCAGUGGUCGCCCUCCUUACAGGGCAGGUCGGGGUCAGGAUGUUUGCAGAUCAUGACUGGGUGGGAAGGGUUGGCCACAGGGAGAGUGGCUGUCUUGGGGGACAGCUACUCUGUUUCCCUCUCAAACAACAGAAUGCCCCCACUGCCACCUGCAGCCUCAGCUUGGACUGUUUCCCAAUUCCUCUUCCAGUCAACCUGGGGUCCAGUAAGGUUAGUGGAGUCUACAGUGGCCUGAGCCUCAUCUAGCAGGAGUUGCAUGGAGCAAGGAGCUCUGUGCCAUAUCUCUCCUGAGACCUUUUGUGGUCUCAACUAUUCAGGCAUAUGUCCUGGGGCCAGGUGACCUGCGCAACCUUCCAGGCUCUCCUAAGACAGGGGCAGCCGGAUGUGGGCCCUGGGUCACAGCAGCCCACCUCAGCAGCACUGCCAUAGUCUCUGGCCACCAGAGUGACCCCAUGAGCUCCCCACCCACCACACAGAGCACCCACUCAUUUCUGUACAGUGUCACUCCCUCACCCUGCCCUUGCUUUAUGCACUAUAAUCCCCAGGACUGUAUAAGUAGCACAUUUGCCCACUGAGGGUGUGGAGGAUGGUGAGUGUGCUUGCUCUCCAGAGGGACCCCAGGGAGACUCUGUAGGAAAGCAAUCCUGUCACAACCUCCUUCCAAGGACAGGCCUCUGAGUUUCUCAGUACUCAUUACCUGUUCUAGACAUCUAUGAGUUCCUGGGGCCAAGGGAGGUGGGAUUGCCUGGGUAUUCUCAUCCCUGGUGAGAAGCAAGGCCAACUCCAAUUUCCACAUGCUUCUCGGGGCACUGAGAGAGGCCUGGAAACCCAGAAAGACCCUUGCAGGAGUUUGCAGGGGUGUCACCAAAGGCACACCCUUGACCCAAAGCAUAGGCAUGCUGCUUAUUUUGUCAUCCCCCCCACCCAAGCACGUGCAAGCCAGGUCUGGGACCUGGGGGCCACACCUUGCCUGGCUCCAAAGACUGACUGCAUUUGGAAAACAUGAGAAAGGACCAGCAGCCUUCUGCAUCUAGCACAUGCCCUCCCUAGCCCCCAUACUGCACGGCAUGUGUGGGGCAAGCCCACCCUAUUGCCCACCCUGGUUGUUCGUGAUUCCUUGGCCUCCACCAAGAAUGGUGGCAAAUGUGUGCCUGCCUUAGUGACUCUGGCCCUGUGAGGAGCAGAGUGUAUGGGGUUUGGGGUUUGUUUUUGUUUUUUGUUUGUUUGUUCAUCUGGUUGGUUGAUUUUGUUUUGCUCAGAAACUAUACUCUUCAAUAUAAUAGACCAAUAAAAUGCAUUUGGCAAUGCC